CCUUUUACGACACCGAGUACGUUUCGUUUUACGGCAACAUGGCAGCCCGCUGUCCGGAGCAAGGUUUGUGUGGAUCUGUCACCUCACCAUGACCACGGGUGGAAACGUCUCGAGGGCAGCGGGUCGGUAAUGCGAGUAUCGUGGAAAUGUUAACGACGUGCUUCCGGCGGGUCUCUGCCCCGCUGUGUCUCAGUGUCACCGGCCUGGUGUCCGCGCGCUGCCCCGGCCGUGUGUGUCGGCUCGCGCCCGCAUUGUGGCGGGUCGGACGCGCGCCUAUAACAGAGCGCGUGAGGCUGACACGGCCCCAAGUGAACUCCUCCUGGUUCUUCAGGUUGAAAUGGACGGACGGACGUGCCGCGUGUUGGAGUGGGCAGGUUCCCGUGCACGCGUGGGGAACCGUGCUCGUGCGCCGCGGAGGUCCGGAGAUGUCAGCGAGCGGCUUCCGGUCCCCGUUGACCCCCAGAGCAGACCGAGGGCUCUGCAGCCGGAAGACCGACGAGGAGCCGGAUUCCUCUGCUGCGGCGGACCGGGAGGACCCGGGCGUGGUACCGGGACACGGACUGUUCAAGUUCAAAGAGCUGUAUGAAAACCCAUGGACCAUCCCCAACCUGCUGUGUGUGUGUCGGAUCUUCCUGGCUCCAUACCUGGGCUACCUGAUCAUCCAGGAGCACUUCCACCUCAGUCUGCUGCUCUUCACUCUGGCAGGAGCCACUGACCUGCUGGACGGACUGAUUGCGAGGACGUGGCCCAGUCAGAAGUCUGCUUUAGGCAGCGCUCUGGACCCUCUGGCUGAUAAGAUCCUCAUCAGUAUUUUAUACGUCAGUCUCACCUACGCUGAACUCAUCCCAGCUCCUCUCACAGCUUUAGUGAUUCUCAGAGACGUCGGGCUGAUAGCUGCUUUCUUCUGGGUCAGAUACAAGACUGUCCCUCCACCGGUGACUCUCAGUAAGUUUUUCAACCCGUGCUACACUACAGCUCAGCUGAAGCCCACGUUGUUCAGCAAGGUGAACACAGCCAUCCAGCUGAGCCUGGUAGCAGCUUCUCUGGCUGCUCCUGUCUUCCAGUUCACAGACAGUCUCCUGCUGCAGGGCUUAUGUUCCCUCACAGCUGUCACCACAGCAGCAUCAGGAUACAGCUACUGGCACUACGGCCGCAAGACGGUGCAGCUCCUGAACACCAGGUCUCCAUGAGAACCACACCUGGACAUGGACACAAACCAGACCCGGACCAGGAACCAGCUCCAGCAGAGAUGCUUCUCAGCUGCUGCAAACCGAGGGCUGACAGACAGACGGACGUGUGGACGGUCGCCAGGAGCUUUGAAGACGAGUAGCUGUGACAAGCGUUUCUGGGUCGCCAUGGCGACGGCACCCAGAAACAAGCGAAGCCACAGAUGGUUCGCUGCAGACUCCGGUGGACCAGCAGCUCUGCUGUGGGUCUGGUCCAGAGCUGUGUGCUCAGAUACAAACACCAACAUAAAUAGAGCGUCUGCCCAGGGUUCAACCAACAGGACAACAUCCACACAAUGAUGUCAUCAUGUCUGUUUGUAAGCCACACAUUUCUGAUUAAAAAUACUAAAUCUGC